CCAACCAACAGGCACAACGUAACAAUCCCAACGACAGGACAUCCGGGCCACAUGUAAGUGGCGUCAGGAAAAGGAAGCCAGGCCAGCCCAUUAGCCCAACUCAGCCCAUUCCGAGUUUGUCUCUCGGCAAGCGCGACACGCCGAGCCCCUUCCACGCGGGACAUUCUCGGGGUUGUUCCGCAGAUACGGCAUUAAGUCCAAACUCCGAAGUCUCCAAAGCAAAAGCCAUAGCGAGUCUCUCUCCCCAAUUCCCCAUCUACCGCAGAUCAGUUUGGGCGAAGCGUCUCCUCUCCUCGGGGUUGAAGAUGGAAGAGGCGGAGAAGACUGCGCUGGGCUUGCCUGAGCUGCCGAAGAUGGAGAUACACUCGCCGCCGCUGUCCCACAGCGACGAUGACGACGAGACUGAAGCUGAUGACAGCGAUGGUGAGGAAGAGGAAGGCGGGGCUGGAGUUGGGGCCGGCGGAGGCGGCGGUGGCGCAGGCGUCGGCGGGCCUCCGUUGAAGAAGGGGCCAUGGACGCCCGAUGAGGACAAGCGCCUGAAGACGUACGUGGAGGCGCACGGCGAGGGGAACUGGAAUCAGGUCCAGAGGAACGCCGGGCUCAACAGGUGCGGCAAGAGCUGCCGCCUCCGCUGGGCGAACCACCUCAGGCCUAAUCUCAAGAAGGGGCCCUUCUCUAAGGAGGAAGAGCAGAUGGUUAUCGAGCUCCAUGCGAUGCACGGGAACAAGUGGGCUAAGAUGGCUGGCUAUUUGGAAGGACGCACAGAUAAUGAAAUUAAGAACUUCUGGAACACAAGAAGUAAGAGGCUUUCGAAAGCUGGUCAAGAUCUCUAUCCCGAUGGUUUGCUAUCUUGGGUGGCCAAUCAAGACAUGAACUGUCACAGUCCUGACGAUUCACAUGGCAAGAAACGACAGAAUGAGCUCUCGCAGGGAAAUGGUCUUGAUUUGGAUGAUAUUAUAUUCGAGAAAUUGGACUAUAAAAAGACAGAAAAUUAUCUGGCUCCAUUUUAUACAGAUCCUCUUACUGUUGAUGCCAUGAACCCUCUGAAGUGUCAAGCAUCCUCCAGCAGCAUAGGGGCAGGCUACAAUGGCAGCCUCACAUGCGAACCGUUUCCUGAGCAACCUGAGAAGACCCAUAAUUCCAUUGAUAUGAACUCGGGAAUAAUAAAGAAUCAAUUUGCUAGUAGCUCACCAAUAUUGCACAGCAGCUUCUCUACGCCUGGGACCUUCCAGAGGCCCAUGAAGAUAGAGCUCCCUUCAUUCCAAUGUCACACUGAAGUAAACGGUCCCUCAUCGUGUCAAAUCCAACCAGCAUCUGAAUACGAUGACACUUUAGUUUAUUUUCCAAAACCUGACUUGCUGCAAUCACAAUAUUUGCCUUCACAAAACAAUGGUUCGAUGGAUUUUAUGGUUCAGGCUGGACAUGGACCAGGGGACCAUUCAAUGCCCCAAGGGUCUUUUUCUUCAACCUUCGGUGUCAAUCUCCAUGAGAGUGGUUCUUUGGUUGUAUUUCGAUCUUCAAAAUCACCUGCUAGCCCGGAUGCUCCAUCUGUGGACAACAAAUAUUAUGCAGAUUAUAUGUCUCCGGACAAAUAUAUGUCAUACUCGCUACAUGCCUGCAGGCCUGAUGCAUCGCCUGGAGCAAGAAUUUUGAGUGAAGAUUCAUCACACUCAAAGUACCAGAUAAAUCCUUGCAGUUUUGAUGCCCCACAAGGAGCAGGGGUUCUGAAUGAAGUUUCAUCACGCUCAGAGUUCCAGCCCGUCAACGGUCCAUAUGAUCCUAUUCUUUUUGGUGAUUCUUUUUGGUCGUCAACUGCAGGUCAUGACCAUCAAAUUGAGCUCAAGCCGAACUGGCAAAGGAUGCCCAGUGUCCGUCAUGUCUGAUCUCUGGAAUGUGACCAACAACUUGUAUGGUGUCUGCUGCUUUUCCAAUUCACUUGUGGCUAAAAAUGAUAGGUCCCCAGGUUGUUACAUUCUUUUUUCGUGCGAGUCCUAGUCACUCUUGGUUGCAUUAUUGGACAAUAUAAAAGGAUACAGAGUAUUUCAUUGUGUGAUUUUAUUUAUUUAUUGAUAUUACAUUGUAGAAGGAUUUAAGGAAUGGUUUUCGUGCUCAAAUGUUGAUAGUUAUUAUAUUGUGUCUA